AUGAACACCACAAACGGCCUCGGCACCACACCUGCGCAACGCCAUAUCAUCUCCGCUGCCCAAGCGCAAACCAUCAUAACGGGCGCCGUUGCCAAUGCAACAUCCCUCCAGAUUCCCGAGAACAUCGCCGUAGUAGACCCUUCCGGUCUGCUCGUCGCCUUCCACCGCAUGGACAACGCCUUCCUGGGUUCCAUUGACAUUAGCCAGAAGAAGGCGCGGACGGCCGUGCUGUUCAAUGGAUUAUAUGCUAGUGCGGAUCUGUAUGCGGCGGUGCAGCCUGGUGCGCCGCUUUACGAUGUGCAGAAUACCAAUGGGGGGUUGGUUGUUUUCGGAGGCGGAGUACCGAUCUACGUUGAUGGGAUAUUGAUUGGAGGCGUAGGUGUUAGUGGAGGCAGUGUGGAGCAGGAUUUGAGUGUGGCUAAUGCUGGCGUUGAGGCGUUGGGUGCGUGUACGAAGGCGUAG